AUGGCGGACAAGGAGGCUACAGUCUACAUCAUCGACCUCGGCUCGUCGAUGAGCAACUGCAACAACGGCCGAGUGGAGUCGGACCUCGACUGGAGCAUGCGCUAUGUGUGGGACAAGAUCUCAACCACCGUUUCAGCAUCGCGCAAGACAUGGACUGUGGGCGUGAUUGGAUUGAGAACAGAUGAAACCCGUAAUGCUUUACAGGAUGAUGACGGCUAUGAGAACAUCUCCGUGUUGAAGGACAUCGGUCCUAUAACGAUGUCGGAUCUCAAAGAACUACAGAAUGUGAUCAAGCCCAAUGAGACCUCAAAUGGCGACGCCAUAUCAGCCAUUGUGAUUGCCUCAGAGUUGAUUGAGAAAUUCACCAAGAAACUCAAGUACAAUCGAAAGAUUAUCCUUGUCACAGAUGGUCAGGGUCCCAUCGACAGUGACGACUUGGACGAUAUUGCAAAGCGGAUUAAUGAUAUCGGUAUUCAGCUUAUCGUCAUUGGUGUUGACUUUGAUGAUCCGGACUUUGGCUUCAAGGAGGAAGACAAGCCACGACUGAAGUCCAACAAUGAGAACCUUCUCAAAUCUUUAGUAUCGAAAUGCAACGAUGGCGUGCUUGGCACAAUCGCCCAAGCGGUCGAUGAACUUCAGAACCCACGCGUCAAGCCUGUGAGACUCGUCAAGAAUUACGAUGGCCGUUUGACUCUUGGAAACCCGGACGAGUUCGAGAGCGCAAUGAGCAUCAACGUAGAACGAUGGCCCAAAACCAAGAUUUCCAGGCCCCCUGCUGCCACCACUGUUGUCUUGAAGUCAGACCCUGGUGGGACAUCACAGUCAACACAGACACUCGACGAAAUGGACGGUGUCGAGUACGGUGAUGGAGUGAAUUUCUCAAAUGUCAAGCAGGUCCGUACUUACAAGGUCAAUGACCCCAGUGCCCCGGGCGGGAAGAAGGAAGUCGAAUUUGAAUCAUUGGCCAAGGGCUACAAUUACGGCAGCACAGCAGUGCCUAUCAGCGAGUCCGAGUUUAACGUCACCAAACUUGAGACGAAAAAGGAUUUUUCAAUCGUCGGCUUCAUUCCCUUUGACAGAUAUGAGCCUUUCCUUAACAUGGGCGAAGCUCAUGUAAUCGUCGCGCGCAAAUUCGAUGAACCAUCCGAACUUGCUCUAUCUGCCCUGAUUCAUGCUCUUUACGAGCUGGAGUCAUAUGCAGUAGCGCGAUUUGUCGUCAAAGACGGCAAGGAUCCUGUCCUUUUACUACUCAUGCCCAAUAUUGAGCCGGACUUUGAGUGCCUUUAUGACGUGCCUCUACCUUUUGCGGAAGAUAUACGCUCGUACCAAUUCCCUCCAUUGGACAAAGUCAUCACCAUUAGUGGCAAUACUCUGACGAAGCACCGGCUCCUUCCAGAGGACAAACUCAACCAAGCGAUGAGUGACUACGUCGACUCAAUGGAUCUCUCUACGUUUGGGACUGACGAUGAUGGUAAUCCGGCCGAGUAUGCAACAAUUGAUGACUCUUUCUCUCCGGCCGUUCACAGGAUCAACCAGGCCAUUCGUGUGCGCGCGGUACAUCCUGACUCUCCAGUCCAACCCGUUCCUGAGAAUCUUCUCAAAUUCUCUCACCCUCCACAAGACCUCGUGGAUAAGGCAAAACGCAAGAUAGAAGCCCUCAUUGCAGUUGCUGAUGUUAAGAAGGUACCGGAGAAGGCGAAGGCCCGUGGCGGCAAGAAAGAGUCGGCUCAGCCACUAUCUGGCCUAAAUGUCGACGAGAUCAUGGGUCCACCGAGCAAGCGGAAGAAGGUCUCCCUUGAAAACUCGAUACCUGAGUUCAAACAGAUGAUGGCGGUCACAACGUCAGAUACCGAGAUCGAAGAUGCUGCCAAGCAAAUGGGACAUGUCAUUCGGUCUUUGAUCAAUGACAGCACUGGUGACAGCGGCUACGACAGAGCAGUAGAGAACUUGGGUGUCAUGAGAGAGGAGCUGGCCUCGCUCGAGGUCCCGGCUAUAUACAAUACGUUCUUGCGAGACCUCAAGAAGCGACUGCUAGCGAAGGAAUUAGGUGGCGAUCGUCGAGAGAUGUGGAUGAAAAUUAGAUGGGGGAGAAAUCUGGGUCUGAUCGACUCCAGUCGAUCCGCAGCAUCUGAUGUGACACCAGCAGAAGCCGCUGAGUUCUUGAAGUCCAUAUAG